AUGAUGCGCGCGUCCACGCCCUCGAUGAAGCUGCCACAGCUCCACCGCUCCGUCGCUCCCAUUAAUUUGCCUACUCGACCUAGACUUCUGCUCCCUAGCCCUGUCGGUCCACAAAGUAAUCAAAAUGGUACAGACAGCAUUAAUCACUGGAGUGCAGCUAGUGGUCUGCUUGGCCGUCAAGUGCAACGAGAGUUCUCUCUAGACGGUUGGAAAUCAGUCGGCACCGGGCUGAGUCGGAUUACCUCGCCAGAUGUAGUGAAGCUGGAUAUUUUGAAUCAAGACGAGAUCUUGAGGGUGCUCGAUGAAGUCAGCCCGCAAGUCGUCGUCCACUGCGCUGCCAACCGCUUUCCGGACUCUUGUACCAAAGACCCAGAAGCAGCGAGGAAACUGAACGUAGACGCAAGCAGAAUUCUAGCUGAAGCUACUGCCUCUCGAGGAAUCUUUAUCAUCUACAUCUCGACGGACUAUGUCUUUGCUGGGAAACCUGGAGAAGCUCCUUACAAGCCAGACUCGGCGCCGAGCCCACCAAAUGCGUAUGGCCAAAGUAAACUGGAAGGCGAACAAGCUGUCCUUGACGUUGCCAGUAGGACUGGUGCAAACAACAAAGUCGUUGUUCUCCGCGUCCCAGUCCUCUACGGAUCUUGCGACGAGCCAAAAGACAGUGCAGUCAACGUGCUCAUGUCGCAAUUGUGGAACGCUCAACAGACAGAACAAGGCCAGCCAAAAAUCCAAGUCGAUGACUAUGCGCUUCGAUAUCCUACGAAUACUCAAGAUGUUGGUCGAGUGUGUCGUGAUAUAGCGAAGCUGUAUCUUGAUCCAGCAACCACGAGCCGUGAACUACCAAGUGUUCUCCAAUUCAGCUCCGAAGACCGGAUGACCAAAUGGCAAAUUUGCCAGACAUUUGCCGACAUCAUGGGGUUGCCCCUCGACAAUAUGGAACCCUUCGAACCUGACGAAGAACCGAAAGAUGGUACUGUUAGGCCUUACGAUUGUCAUUUAGAUACUAGCGCACUGCGAGAUCUAGGUAUCGACAUAUCAACUGUGGAUUUCCGCACAUGGUGGAGGCGAGAAGUUGGGGCUUUCCGCUGA